CAAUUUUCGACAUUUCAAGAUUGGACUUUUUGGGAUUUCGACUUCGAAUUAGAAAACCCAAAUUUUUUGAUCUUUUCUAAAACAAAUAUUGCAAAAAUUUGCUUGACCUCGCUAAAAAAUAAAACGCAACAUUUCUUUUUUUGUUUCUUGACCGUUUAAAUAAUUUGGACAAAAUGUGUGUUCCAAAAUGGCGCAAACAAUGUUUAUCUCUAAACAGUAUGCUGCUAGAGUACACCAAUAUUUCAAAGCGUAAUCAAAAGUAAAAAAUUGUAUGACGUUGUGCAGGAACAAAACAAAUUUAAAAAUCUGAUAACUCUUAGCAUACAUAAUGUCCUCAGAUCCAGUCUGGUUGUCGGUAACCGAUGGCCUGCUCCGGGGAAUUUCCGUGUGCAAUGAGCGCCUCUCGGACGAAACCUUCGCCAGCACCGUCGAGUAUCUGUUCCGAACCAUCGACAGCCCAAAGUCUGAUCAGCCGACGACCGAAACAGACCUCGAAACGAUCCGCACCGCGUGCCAGCUCGACGAGCCGGAAUUCAAGCUGGUCCUGCAAACGCUGAGCUAUUUGGUGAAGCGAUCGCUCAAGUUCAUGCUGAAACCGUCGGGGCUGCAGGCCGACCUGACCCGCUCCCGGCUCCAGCUGGGCGAGCACAAGUGCAACGCGUUCGUGCGCUGCUGGAUCGCCUCGACGAAGAUUGUACUGGACUCGUUGGACGGGGAGCAGCAGUCCAACCAGCUGGAGGAUGUUUCGUGGAAGGUUCGCGCCCAGCUGUCGUCCGAGCCACGCCAGAAGGACAAGCUGGCGCUGGGGCAGCUCGAGCUGAAGACGAGCAGUAAGUGCGUCAAUCUGGAACUGAACAGCGCGGAGAUUGUCGAGUUGUACAACCAAAUGGAGCGGAUACAGGCGGAACUGGAUGCGUUUGGUGCGAAGACGUGAGAAUUUUAUGUUUUGAAUAAAUGGCUGUGAUAAAUCACUGUCGUGCAGGAAA